GAUUGUGAAUGAAGAUUCUAAUGGUUCCGUUCUUAUUCUGUUUUCAAUUCCAGAUAAUCCCCACUUAACUAGCUCCUCGGGAGAAUUGAAAAUUGCCACUGUGAAGUGAUCGAAGACAGCAUCGUAGAUAUCCCCGAAUUGACACCGAAACCGGAUUAAGCACAACCCUUCUCUCCCCUUGAAACCAAAGGCAGCCGGAAUCCUGCUGGUAACAGAAAAGAUAUGAAUGUCGUCUGGCGUGUUUUGGUGUUCAUCGGAGUCCUGUGGCGAUUUCACGACUGUGAACAGUUUUCCGUCAAGCGGUGCCCGGUCGGGUGUAUCUGCGUGUCACAGACUCAGGUCAUGUGCAACAGUGGUUCACUGCGGGAAAUCCCCCUUGCCCACAUGCCGUCCACCGUGGAAAUCCUCUCGCUGCAGAAGAACAUCUUCCCGAUAAUUAAAAGCGACGCGUUCCUGGGGCUGAAAGCACUCAAAAAGCUCUCGCUCGACAGAAACAACAUUAGCACGAUAAAACCGUUUGCCUUCCGGGGGCUGCCUCGGUUGCGGGAACUCUCGAUACAGCACACUCCGCUGGCGACGGUGGCCUCGUUCGCGUUUGCUGGGCUGCAGAACGUAUCGCAAAUAACCCUUUCGCACAACAAGAUUCUGCGCAUCGAGGCGUACGCGUUUGCCGGUUCGGCCGGAAUCCUGCUGCUCAAUUUGGCCGACAAUCCGACGGUGGUCGUUGAGAAGAAUGCAUUCUCCAACUUGGGCUCGGUCGAUCGAUUGACGCUGCCCGCGGGGAUUCGCAACAUUUCGCAGGAUGCGUUCAACGCACUGGAUACGGUCGGCCAUCUGAAGCUUUCCUUCAUGGAUCUCACCGAAGUCAGUGCGUUCACCUUCCGGGGGUUGACCAACGUCAAGCUCCUGUCCCUUCAGGAAUCGGACCUCGGCGUAAUCAGUGCGAACGCCUUCGAUGGACUGGAACACGUGGACACGCUCAGCAUCCUCAACAACAAGAUUGAUGCCAUCCAGGAGCUCAACAUCACGUACGCCAAUCACAUCAAAUCGCUACGGCUGCAGGGCAAUCACCUGCUGGAAACACCGGAACCGGGCAGUAUAGUUUUGGAAGGGUUGAGCCAACUGCACGUGGUGGGUAACUAUUUCCCCUGCGGUUGCCACAUUCACACCCUGCUGGAGAGUCCACUUUCGAAUGGGUCCUACCCAAGUGGGGAGGAUUUUCUCACGAAGAACUACUGCAUCUCACCCCUGGAGUACAACGGUUGGAAGAUGAGCAAGGUCGAUAUCUUCGCCAUUGGCCGGUGCCACGAACAGGUGACCCGUGAAAAUCUGGAAGCAUCUGGAGCGGCCAGUCGGCAACACUAUUGGACGAUUCUACUGGGAAGGAGACGACCGGAAAGCGACGCAGCCAGUUCUAGCGGGAAUUGCUGCAACAGUAGUAGUAGCGGUGGAAGCAGCUGGUGCGGCUGGUACUGGUGGAGUCGAAUCAAUUAUUCAACGGCUGCACUACUGCACCUGUUCUACGCGCUGGCACUGUUAGCCUAUUUUAAAUAUUUCCGGCUGAAAAUCAGUUGAACUGAAUAGGUUUUGCUGGAGUUGCCCAUCGGAAGCCAAUUGUGUAUAUUUAGUUGUGUCACUCGCUUAUGGACCCUCGUAUGAAGGGUGGGGGUUCGCUUUCACGGUGGGAUGUGAGGACUUCGCACGAGACUGGGUAAUGUACGUGACAUAGAUGUAGAAUUGAGUCAUGACGAUAUCGAACACUGGGAAACCCACAAGUAGGUUAAAAUAGAUGACUGAUAAAGUUAUCACAUGUAACUAAUUUAGGUAUUGUAAAAUAUUGAACAAUUUGUAUCGCCUCUGUACAUAAGUCCCAUCCAGCAGAGAAAUGCUUUGAUGCGGAAGCGGAACGUGACACUAGACUGGUCCUGGAACAAAAAAAAAUUUAAAACUCAAUGGGGCACCUCCUAGAUAAUGUACCUUGGGUUAAGGAAAUAUCGCCCAAAGUUUCAAUUCAGGUGAUUGUUCCAUCUGAUCGCGCAUUUAUUUUAAAGUUUGUAUGAGAUAUUCAAUUAAAAUUCGAUUCAGUUAUUAAAAAUAGACCAUCUGUCACUCUUGUAAAACGAAUACACUGCUUGCAAACACUUAUCACGUGGUUUAUCUGUCAAAACACUGCAAAAGCAUCAAGAGAGUCAAUAUAGUGCUUAUUUAGUGCCUAUGUACCAGGCUUAGAAGCAUUUAUGAUGCAGUAAUAGGGUUUCUAUGCGGUGGAAGUGCUGUUGCUAGGCGUGUCAGCAUUUUUGGUGCUGUUAUAUGGCCUGUAUGCAUUUAAGAUGCUGUGUUUAUGGUUACUUUGGUACGAAUUGGGUUUGAACUGAAUAUCCCCUAUUUAUUUCAAUUCAAAUGCGCCAGCUCAUUCAACAUAAAAAUGAACUGAAAUUUCCAAAAUGUCUUCUUCUAAACCUAGGAAAUAAUCCUGAGGGGUGCUCCGUAAAAUUCUACCACUUUAUUUCUCUCCCAGGACCAGUCUACUCCAACACCAUCCAAUCAACCGACAACGACCGUUACAAAUGUAGAAUAAAC